CCGCCGGAAUUCAACAUGGAGGGCUUCCCAAAUGGAUUUGUUGUACUAUUAUUCGUCUUUUGUUCUCGGUCACUAGCAGGUGAAGAAUUACAGUACACCACACUCGGACAGCUGGCGUUCGGAUGUCCACAAGGAUGGAAGUCUUUUGAAACUAAUUGCUAUUUCCUGGCGGAUUUUAAAAUGGAAUUUGAAGACGCUGAGAAAACAUGUGAAAACCUGGGUACUAUGUCUUUAAAAAUAGACGAUGACAUUGAAAAUAAGAAGAUCGCUGAGUUUGCUAGAAUCGUUUCCUGGACCAGGUUUUGGAAUGGACAAAAAUAUUCAGAUUCUACAAAGUGUGAUGGUAUUUGGGGUAAUAAUCAGCCGCCAGAAGGCACUCAAGAUGGCGCCUGUGUUUCUGUUGGUGAAAAUGGACUGUGGAAAGUCACAAGCUGCAAAGAGUUAUUGCCAUUCAUUUGUAAGAAGCCAGCAUGCAUCAAUGGAACAUCCGACUGUGGAAAUGGAAAGUGCAUUAAUACCAAAUGGUUUUGUGAUGGGAUAAAUGACUGUUCAAACAACUUGGAUGAAAUGAACUGUGCUAACAGGUGUUCAUUCUACAAGACUGGUGCAUCAGGAACCAUCACCCAGGGUUCAUACAAGCCCAAUGCUGACUGCUUUUGGACCAUUGAGGGCCCAGUGGGAACCCAGCUUAAAUUAACAUUCACCACAGUGAGAACAGAAAAGGAUCGUGACAUUAUUGAGGUGUGGGGAGGAUCAAAGUCACUGAAUAGUAGUACCAAACUGACGACUUUAUCAGGUGAUUCUGACAACCGUGAUGUGUACAGCUUCAACAACUUUCUGAUCAUCAGAUUCAGAUCAGAUGCAACAGUGGAGUCGUCUGGAUUUGUAGCCACAUGGCAAUCAGAUGUACCUGAAUUGUCAAGAACUGUUCAAAACAUCACAGCAUCUGAUAACUGGCAAAAUCUGUCUUCUCCAUUUUACCCAAGCACUCCUCCAUAUGGUUUCUCUCGUCAUUGGCUCAUCACAACAGAUACCGAUUCCAUUCUAACACUAGAGAUUCUUGAAGUGGAUCUGAUGUCAGAUUGGGAGUUGCUGAUUUACGACGGUGAUAGCUACAUGGAGCAACCAGUGACAAUAAGAACAUCAUCUGACCUGCGGUCUCCACCUAUCUACAUUUCUUCAAGCAACAAAACAAGAGUCGUUUUGAAGGGAAUGAAAAUCAUCACUGGCAAUGGGAUCAACAUGAGGGUGAAAAAAGCUGUUACCUGUGGGAGACCUGGCGAUGUUGCUAAUGGUGUCAUUCACAGCAACAGAUCAAUAUUUUAUUUUGGGGAGACAAUCGACUUCAGCUGUUCAUUAGGCUGGAAACUGAGUGGAACAAGCAGUCUAACCUGUGCUGCUGAUAGGAAUUGGAAUAGUUCUCAACCUGUUUGUCAAGCUAUAUCAUGUCCCAAGUUGAUGAAGGCGGGAACAGAUGUCCAGAAAGCUAGAGUACAGAGAAUAGUUCCAGACACUGACGUAGGAUUUGGUGAUGAGGUCAACGUGGAAUGUCUGUUGGAAAAUGGUUCGCUGAUGAACAAGACUCUUUACUGUGAAUAUGACAACCAGACCAAGUCCUACUCUCUUCAAGGAGACUCUCCUGUUUGUCCAGUUGUUGAUUGUGGUCAACCAGAGAAGAUUCCUGGAAUGAAAACACCGACUGUGACUGACACAACUGUAAACAGUAGUUUUACCUUUGAGUGUACAGAGGGAGCAACGAAAAGUGGGCUGUCAUCAAAUGGAAGUCAGUCUACUGUCACUUGCCAAGCAAACGGCAGGUGGGGAUUUGGAAACCUCACAUGCGAAGCUGCUCGCUGCUCUGAUCCUGGUACACCUGGUGGAGGGACACAGAUCGUUGACGGUUACGAGGGUGGUCAGUCUGUCUCAUAUAACUGCACAUGGACUGGAUAUACACCCGAUCCACCUGAAGCACUCUUCUGCAUUAUUAGAGCAGAUGGAACUGUUUACUGGAAUGGAACCAUGCCAAGGUGUAAAGAUACAACACCUCCACAGUUUACAAACUGUCCAACUAGUAAUAUAUCCAUCGACAGUUUGGAUGUUCCAGGCUUUGUUGUACCAGAUGCCCAGGACAACUCUGGACUGGUGGUAUCAAUAAGUGUAAAUCCUCAAAACUUUGAUCCAUGGAAGCCAGUCAAAGGUGCAACUACAGUGACCUACACGGCUACUGAUGGAGAAAACAACACUGCUGACUGCAUAAUUCAGAUUAUACUUAAAAGCAAGUAUUGUUAA